AAUGGAUAGGAGAGAAGGAAAAAUAUAUGAGUGGGAGGAGUGGCGAAAAGAAUUCUAACAAUCGGAGAACUUUUGGAAAAAAAUGUUUACUUAUUCCGGAAAUUAUUCCGGAAUAUUAAGUGGAUUACAACGAGAUAUCAGAAUGCAUUGAUAAUGCUAUGAGUGUCGCACGUGAUUCAAGGAGGAUUGCGCAUUGUCAGAAUCAGCUGUGAUGACUUACGUUUAUGCAACUCGAUGCAGCGAGGAAAAGAAAUGAUCAUUUCGAAAUAAUGAUCGUCUCGAUGUGAGAAAAAACGUAAAAUGGAGGAUGACAUUGAUAUUUAUGCAGACUUACCGAGCUUCAAUUUCAAUCUUGAUAAAAAUGAUCAGCCUUGUAAUUGCGAGAAAUUAAAGAAAGAACUUAGUUCACUCAAAAGUGAACUUGAAAAUAUCCAAAAGAUCAAGGAGAACUUAGAAAAAAAUAUAUCCUCCUUAUUGAAGACUGCAAGGGGUGAGAUUGCACGGAAGGACAAGAUGAUAAGUGAUCUUAGAAAGCGAUUAGAUGAUGCAACCUUCAGAAGAAACAACAAGGGUGAAUCUCGGGAUUUUUUUUAUAAGUCAUCGCAUCAGCAGCAUACGAUAGUUGAAAAAUAUGAAGAUGCUCCUUUAAUACAUUCACAAGAGGAUGAAACUGUAUCACAUGAAACUGAAUUUCACAAUGAACAUAAAAAUGAAAAGCUAGAGUAUGACGACCAACAACCGACAGUAUUCGCGGAAAGAUUGUAUAAAAGAAUAAAGGAUGAGAAAGAAAAUACAAAACAGAAAACAUUAUUGAACUUUGAUGUAGAAAUUAAAAAAAAGAUUGCUGAAGAAAACAUUAUGGAAAGUGAUAAAGAAAAUGGGUCUCAAUCUAAUAUAAAUAACGGCAAUGAAUCUAAUACUAUCACACGACAUUCUGAUUCAGAAAAUCUAUGCACAAAGAAUUCAGGAAAGAGGAUGAAUGAAGAAGAUUAUACGCAUGAAAGUAAACGUUUAAAGAUCAACGAAGACAAAAUUGAUUACGAUUCCAUUGUGCAGUAUGAAUUGAAAGACGAUCUUGCGCAGUAUGAAAUGAAAGCAAAGUUCGAGGAUCGACUAAAUGCCGUCCAUUCUCUUAAAGAAGAAAUUUCACUCGACAAACGUAGAGCUGCUUCGGAACAUCAAGACACAUCAAAACAGAGUCGAGAUUGUAUAAAUGGUUGGAAAAGAGAAGACAAAAGUAGUUCUCGAAUUGCUUCGACAUCGAAUCACGUCUCAGAAGAGCUUCAUAAUGGUUACAAGAAGAAUGUUUAUUCAUCGAGAUAUUCGUCGAGAAGAAGUUAUUCUAGAAGCAGAAGUGAUUAUGAAAGUUCAAGCGACCAUCGUCCACGAGAAAGAUCAAAUAGGACAUAUAGAAAAUACGAUGAUUAUAAAUACGACAAUCAAUAUAGAACGAAAGGACGAAGAGACUACAGAUUAAAGAGGGAUUAUGAGAGCAUAGAAAAUGAGAAUAAAACGAGACACAGGAGUAGAGAACGUGGUAAUGUGGCAUGGAUUAAAUCCAGACAUUCAUUAAGCGAUGUUGAAGACAAGGAACGAAGUAAUUCGUACAUGAAUAAGAAAUACGAGAAUCGUAGAAUAAAAAAGACAACAGAAAAUGUUUCGUGCAACAAAGAUGUACAGGAAAAGGACAAAAUUGCAAUGGAAAUUGAUUCUCGGGCGUCUUCCAGUAGCACAAUUGUAAAUAAUACAAUGAAUCACGGUGCCAAAAAAACUACUGAACAAGAUAAGAUAAAGAAUAAAUCAAAUAGAACAAAUCAUGUAGAUUCAAUAGAAAGUACGUCGAUAUAUAUCGCGACGAAGGAUUCGAGCAAUCUAGAGGAAGGCGAAAUUGUAGAUAGUCCCGAAAAGAAAUCUGAUUUGACAAAAAUCUCCAAAAAUCAUGAAGUUGAAAAUGAUACAAAAAUUGUUUUAAUGGAAGACGUUAAAGAUAAAGACGUUCCUAUGAUUGUAUCCGUAACAGAAGACAAAUCGACUACUCUUCACGAUGAUAUAAUUACCGCAAAGCAAUUAAAUAAUAUGACGGAUAUUAGUACAAAAGAAGUCGAAGCAGAAUCAUGUCUUGUGCAAACAAUAAAGAAGGAUCCUGAAGACACAGCGGAAUUAAAUCCUGACAAAAGUGAUGCGAUAGUUGACGACGUGCAGAAUCGUGACAAUGUUGAAGAUAUAUGCAAGUCUCAAUGUAACGAGAAUUUAACGGAUUCAACUACUUGCACCAUCGGAAUGAUUGAACAGGUGUGCGAGUUUCAAUGUAAUGAGGAUUUAACGAAUUCGACUACUUAUACUACUGGGCCGAUUAAUCGGAUAUGCAACAGUAACGUUGACGAUGAUGAUAAAAAUCGCGUGAAGAAAGAAUCGAAGAUUUCUGUCACCGAAACAGCUAUUAAAAUCGAAGAAAUGGCUGAUACCAACACCGAAAGUACUGUCGAAGUUAGAAAGAUAGACAAGCCUAAUGUCGAAAAUGCCAUUAACAAGGACAAAGGAAAUAAUUCUAAUAUCGAAAGUCCUGUUCUAAUUGCAGAGACAAACAAUAGCGAUAAUAAUAUUCGAAAAAUUGACGAUAAAGAAUUAAAAAAUUCCACCGCUGAAACAGUUGCUGGAAAAGUCGAGGUUGCGCUUAAUUGUGACAUCAAGAGUAAAGAUGCACCUCAAAUACCAAGCAAGAUUUCUCGACAGACAUCAGGCAAAAGUAGCGAAAUGAACCACUUGUGUCUUAGCGAUCACAAUUACGUUCAGGAUCCUUCUCCUGUCAAUGCUUCCGAGUCUAACGUUGUCCGAGAUUCAUCCAUGAGUCCACGACAUUGCCAAACUGUGCCGGAAGUAGCAACGAUAAAAGAAACGAAACCGGAAAAAGAGAUAGACGUUUCAUUAACGGUCGAUAUCAAGAAGACAAUGUCAUCUACGGUGAAGAACAAGAAGAACCAAUUCAACAAAAGUGUAGUGAUUUCGCGUCGAAGGAGAGCCGUGAUGUUGAGCGACAGUAACGCGUCUAUGACUGUCCUGAUGAACACAAAAACAUCCUCUAACGUCAUUAGCAAUUCUAGCAACGAGUCAAUCUUGAAGCCGCGGGCCUGUAAAGCGUCGCGCGCAUGUAAAUAAUCAUAAUUGUAAGAUUCCUGUACUUAUACAGGGUGUUAAUAAAACCUCCAAUAUUUAUAUCAAUAUAAAUCUCGAGUAGAAUCACGCAAGAAGGAACAGUAUGACAUUUUUCAGAAUAGCUUCUAUCUUUAAUCUUCUAGUUGUAAGCUUUCUUGGCGCGAGAUGCAAAGAAGAUUCAUGCAAUUUGACGAGAUGGGAUAACAGAUCGUGGAUAAAAGUGAAGCUGAUGCUUGGGCCUCCCUGUGAAUAAAUCUCUCGUUUUCAUUACGAGACACAUCUGUUACUUGGGACCCCGCAAGGUGGAGGAGAUUAACAAUUCAGCGUAACACGAGUCGCCCCUGCGAAGUUCACC